AUGCCAGCCCUCUCUAUUUCACUCAUACCCUUGUCCUUCAUCUUUCUUGCCGCAUACUUGAACCAACGGGCCGUAACUCCGCCGAAGUUUGCUACCCCUCCACCCCCUGCAUCGAACGAGCGACUGCCUACAGAACAGAAAACGUUACUCGAGAGGACAAUAUACAGGAAUGUCGCUGUCACUAAUUUUAUUGAGAAGGCCGUUGUAUGGACUGCUGCAGGGACAGAAAUCGUAUCCAUUGUUCUAAGCGAGUGGUUUCCAUCCUGGCCACCAUCUGGCAUCGCUCUCAGAUGUCUGUUCAUGCCUGACAGACAUCCGGAGAGGAUUUGGCAAUUCAAUGGCCCCCUGUCGUUGUUAUUGUUCAUAGGCACCACCUUGAUUAUUCUUGGGGGAAUAGUUCGACUGAUGUGCUUUCGUACGAUGGGGGAAAUGUUUACAUUCGAACACACAGUGAAGAAGGACCACAGGCUAAUGACGACGGGACCGUAUUCUGUUGUCCGGCACCCUAGCUACACCGGAAUGAUCAUGAUACUGGUCGGUACGGGACUAUGGCAGGCAGCACCGGGGUCUUGGACCAGGGAAAGUGGAUAUCUACAGACCUGGCUAGGAGCUCUCUGUACUGCCGCGGGAAUCCUUUGGCUUGGCAUCGCAUUUGUCCUUCGCUCAAGUGAAGAAGACGUGGUUCUAUCAAAGCAAUUUGGAGAGGAGUGGAGUGAAUGGGCGAAGAGUGUACGCUGCCGAUUGGUGCCUGGGGUGUAUUGA